CACGACACAGGAGCGAACCUUUGCAAGAUGUAAAAAGGAUUAUGUGAAGGCUCCACGACAGCACAACAACAGGAGCGAACCUUUGCAAGAUGUAAAAACGAUUUCAACAUAAUAUCACCAAGAUGAAGACCUUGCGCUUUGCACAGCCGAAAUCGAUCCCUCGUGCGAAUGAGGCGUCCGUAGAUGCUUUGACAAGGUCGCUUCUCGGGGAAACGACUAGCAGCUCUUGCACGUUGAUUGGGAUAACGAAGAAGCAGGAAGCUAUCAAGCCCGAACAUGGAGAAAAACAGGAGCACGAACUACCUGGCACUCGAGCAUCUUCUUCAGUCAGGCCUUCUGGUCGAGUUUUGUCGUAUCUCAGAGGCCUGGCUACAGUUGAGUAUACGGGUCCAGUGCGAAUCGGAGAACGAGUCUGGUUCACUUCGGACUUAGAAGCAGGUCAGAGCAACGUCAACGUGCUGUCACAUUUGGAUGCCCCCUUGCGGCGUGCUACAUCUUUAGGAUUAGGUGUAGUCACUGGGUUUUCGUCGAAAAAUGCCGUGUCAGUUUCAGUGGUUACUACGAUGGGCAUGGGAGGACAGAUAGGAACUCCGUCUGUUGCAUACUUCUCUGGAGAACCGUUGCAACUGCCUCACGCGUUUGAGACAGCAUGGGCGGCGCGAAGUUCGAUCACUGCUGGAGUCAAUCUCGCCAUGGCCUUGGACAAGAAUGCAGUAGAGGACAGGUCUCAGUCCUCUUCCUCGCGGUGUAUUUUCGGUAGCACAUCGGCAGCGUCUACCUCUGCUAGUGGUCUCCCGAUCUCCUCUACUAGUACAAGCAUUUACUCCGUGCCACGGCUUUUUUGCGAAGCUGAUAGGGAUCGACAUAGGCCUAGCGGAAAAUUGGUCGAGGAGCAGGCGACUGAAAUUGACUCUUUGCUGCAACUUAGCCCAGCGACCGCUUCCGUGGCGUCAAAGUACUUGAUAGUACGAACGAUUAAAUGUGGAGAUGAUUGAAAGAAUAUUCAGCUAGCACGGCUGGUUCUUACCUUCUUUGGUCACUAAUGUCUUGAAGAAUCUCUAACAUUUCACACUGUAAGAUCAUAGAUAGUGCUCAAGUGUUUUUGCUUUCUACAAGAUGCAGCAUCAUUGACAGCUUCGUCACGUUUCUCUCCGCUUCAAAGCUCAUUCGGAUCUUUUGUCCCACUCAUUCCAAUCGGCCGCCCUUCGCUUUCACCAGGACACGCGCUACUGUCUUGCAUUCAAAACCGAGAGGGCCCCGGACAUCGCCGAUUAUCAGUGGAAACUAUCUCGUCGACCUGUGCGAAGCAUUACGGCAUGGCCAGCGAAUCACUCUCCGCGGCCCCACUGGAGGUGGCAAAACUCAUUUUCUUUCGUCCUUUGUCCGCAAUUACACUCGAGGCCAGAGCGUCGUCAUUUGCAGUACGCAGAGUUAUGAGAUGAAUGAUUGAACUGCUUCGAAAAAGUAAGUAAGUAUAUGUUCUUGACGUGAACUACUUCGGUCGCGGAGGUAAGUAUGUUCUUGACGUCGACCAGCCUCGUAUAUUUAUAAAUAGUAAUAGUUAUGAUGAUUAUAACUUGAUGAUAGUUACCCUUUUCUCUUUUCUAUCUUCCUCUGGUCUUUCUUUUUUCUAGUUAGGUCGGCUCCACCACAAUGUCAGUGUUACUGUCCUCCAGCUGCAUAAAUGAGCAGCUACAGUCGUGCCAGUCUCGUCCAUCUUGCUCUUCUAAGAACACGCAAGAAAGUAUGCCGCAAACAGUGUUGUGUUUGCCCAGGAUUUUUCGGAUCCAGCUGCAGGAGAACAUGCGUGGCUCACAAUGCUUUUGGGAAUCCAGUACGCGAAAAGACUUCAGUUAAGGGUUGCCAAAGAAUUAGAAUUACCUCCCUCACUACCACUUCUACUAAUAUCCUACUAGUAAUAUCCUUUUUUUUGAAUUUGUUAUCCAGUAGAAACGUAGUCACGGACGUUCUGACAAGGAACGUGACGCUGUAAAAGCCUCUAACUCAAGGCAGUGAUCAGCAGCCGCUUCUCAUCAUCGAUGACAUGCUACAGUUUCAAGACGUGAGCAACCCUAAAGCCUUCCUUCCGAUCACGCAACUGCUCAGAGAGGCUUUUAACAUUACGGAUUCUCUCUUUGUCAUCUUCAUCCUCAUCCACUUUUAACUGGCUUCACGACUAUCAUGAUUUUCGUGCUUUGAGUAGUAAAGAAUGGCACGUCGAAGGGGGACGCUAAUAGAAGAUCCUCGAUAAACUUCAACGAUCCUUUUGUAGCUAGACCUAGACGAGGUCUGUUGAUUCAUCAACAGCAUCGUGAAAAGGAAAUAGAAAUUGACAAAUACCUGUACUUCUAGCUCUAGGGAAGUCAUUUUGUGAGUAUUGUCUAACAGCAGCUUCGACGUACCCUCAGCCUCAGGUGGUAGCACACAUCACCAAUCAACACUGACGGUUUUCACAGCAGUUGAUGCCUGGACCCAUUCGCUGGCUGAAGAUGGCGCAGACGUCGUGCUCACUUUUGAGCACCACAAACCCAAUUUUGAGGACCUGAGGAGAUAUAGUCGCUUCACUACAGGAGCAUUUUCCACAACAUGUGCAUCUAGUAGCCACCAUGACGUACACGUUGGAGGAGGAGGAGGUCUCACGGACAGGGAUGUCAUGCAAACACUGGAGGAUGCUGAGUUUGCGGCUAUGAAAGCAAGUGCCCGUCAAGGAUCAUCAUCGUCAUCUUCUUCCACUCCGAGAACAAGAUUUGUCGAAAGGUGUCUCCUAGAGGAUCAAGCCGACAGUGGAAAUCCGCAUGACAUCACUAGUUGCAAACCGUCCCCUUGUAGAAGUGGUCCUCCAACUUCGACUUUGCUCGACAACAUAGUCCAGAAUCUACUCCAUCGAACUACGCAAGGAAUGCGGAUGCAGGACAGGCUGGAUGUCAAUCGGGAUUUAAGUAUUCACGUAGACACAUGGGACAAGGAAGAAGCAAAUGCGAUGGCAGCACCGGAGAUGAUCCUUAACAGUUUCAACACCAAAGCAGAUGCUAGGUGGCGUGGAAGUGGUAGUGCUGGUGUACAGAGGACGAGACUUCUCACUUCUAGUUCAUCGUCCGAUGCUGAGUCAUCUUCUGAACAGCGUACAGCUUCACUUCAAGAACAGGACACGGAAAGAACUUCGCCUGUAUCUGCCCUAGAGAAGUACAAAACUAAGUUAGUCGGCAAGUGUGCUGGCAUAGCAAGUAUUUUGGGUCGACGGGCGACGAAAAAAUCUACACCUUGGGUCUCAAAACAUUUGAACUUUGAGAAUAAUACCGGCGUAUCUUCCCCAUCUUCGGAGGACUUCUUCAACCCCAGCACGACUAAUGGAGAGGGAUCGCAAGCAAAUGGUGAUUCUCUACAACAAUCCACCACGCAUCAAGACCUCGCACCCCCCGUAUCAAGGGAAGAAUUAGCCGUGUUAGCACGUGCGUGCACGAUCUAUCAUUUCGCGCAUAAGCCAAGUGUUGUAGAGGCAGCCACUUUUAGAAAAACCUUCUGGCACAGGUUUAAAAGCACCUUUCCGCAAUUCCUAGAGGCAGGGAUGUUUGAACAAACAGAUCCUAGGAAAAGCAGUGAAAUAUUGAAUCUCCUGGAUAAAGCAUUGUUAGAAAUUCGGUAUGAUUUUGAACUGGUAAGGCCGACAUUCUAAGAGUUUUCGAUUUUUGAUUCAUUCUUGCGCUCGCUCGUUCUUUACCUCUGCUCGUCUUCAUCUUCAGACAAUGAACUACAU